ACCUCGGCUGUUUCGUGGUGAAUCGACUCCACUACCGUCUGCCCGCUUGGUGAGCACAAACUGUAUGUUACCGGACAGCACUAGCCAAUACCAUCGCAGUCUGACUCUGAUGGCCAUGCAGUGGGGGCAGUUCCUGGACCACGACAUCACGGCGACACCCGAAUUUGAUGAACCAACGGAUUGUUGUUCGAGUCUACGUGGCGCCGUGCAUAGCCAUUAUUAUACACGUGGACCGUGCUUUCCAAUUCCCAUCCCUGCCAGAGAUAGACAUUUCCGGAUUCGUUGUAUGGAGUUCAGACGGUCCAUGCCUACUAAGACAACGGGUCGUCGAGAACAAGUGAAUGUAAUCACCUCCUACAUUGACGGCUCACAGAUAUACGGAUCCAACGACGAGGAAAUUACUCAGCUCAGACUACAUAAAAAUGGACUCCUCCGCACCUCCACCUUUAACCUGUUACCGAAGACGACCCGGUUCCACAGGCCGUGCGUGGAAAACAUCACCAACUUCUGUUUUAACUCAGGUGAUGUUCGUAUCAACGAAUUCCCUGGACUUGCCUCUAUGCACACGGUGUUCCACCGAGCACACAACCGAUUCGCGUCCACCUUACAGGGCCUGAAUCCCCACUGGGACGACGAUACCUUGUUCCAGGAAAGCAGGAGAAUCGUAUCCGCUUUGCUGCAGCACAUUACAUACCACCAGUUCCUGCCCAUAGUCCUGGGAGAUCGCGGAAUGACAAGACACGGACUGAACAAACGGUACCGUUACAGCCACAAAAUAAAUGCAGAUAUUUUUAACAGCUUCGCCACUGCCGCCUACCGGUUCGGCCACUCCAUGAUCACCCGCACGUUCAACACGCACGACAACCCAGAGCAGCUGAUCGACAAGAUGUACUUUAGACCACACUUCCUAACAGGGAACAGUGGAAAAGGAGUGGAUGAGAUCCUCAAAGGCAUUUCCACGCGGCCUUGUCAAAGAGCGGACAAGUUUUUCUCUCCGGGGGUCUCCGAUCACCUGUUCGAGGACUCUACAGCCAGUGGUCAGUCGUUUGACCUGGUCGCCAGGAAUAUCCAACGGGGCCGAGAUCACGGACUUCCGUCGUACAUGGAAUUCUUUAAACUAGCCAACAGGGCUUAUUUCGACACGUCGUUUUCCAACAGAUUCGAUUGGCGCAAUUUUCUCCACAGGGAUCUCACUAGGUUCCCGUUCAACCCGUUUAGCUUUAACCGAGGACACGCGCUGUUUAAGAGAAAUGCUAGACGUACCACGAGGUUUUACAACUGGUCUUGGGAUCCGUGGUUUAGACGAUGGUAUCGCAAUACUCCUAGGCUUGGGUUCACAAACAUAUACAGAAGGCACAACUUACAAGCGCUGCUUACCCAAAGGUGUUUGUCAGCGUACAGGAAUAAUAUCGACGAUGUGGACGUGUUCGUGGGAGGGAUGUCUGAACCCGCCGUCGAUGGUGGCCUCGUCGGUACGACGUUCGCCUACAUUCUGGCCAAACAGUUCUACAACCUGAAGAAUGGCGACAGAUUCUGGUAUGAGUCCGAGGAUGAAAACGUCUGCUUUUCACCAGCUCAACUACGCGAGAUAAAGAAAGUGAAGCUGUCCAGGAUCAUGUGUGACAACACUGCCAUUAAAGCCCUUCAGUCCGAUAUAUUCUCACAGCCAUCAUUCAGCAAUCCAAUAGUUUCGUGUGACAGCAGUGCCAUUCCUGAAUUGGACCUCUCAGCGUGGCGAGAUGUACCUUAGUAAAUGUUAGCCAAGUCAUUGGGCAAAUGGACAAACCUACAUGCGUGGGCCUGUUAAAGACACCAUGUCACCAUUCCCCAUCUCGUUAUUUUGUGUAGCAACUUAAUAUAAAUAGUCUGGUUUAGGAAAUCGGUCUUCGGUGAAUACAGAAAAACACAGAAAUUAUGUCUUUUCAAAUCUUUCUUUGAUGGUUACAAAUAGGUGACCUAUGUAGCAUUUAAAUAAGCCAGUGAUUGGAAGUUACGUGUUAUUGUUAUUACUAAUAUAAAUGACAACAACUGUGCAGAUAGACAGAUAUUUUAUUUGAGUCUCACAUGCACACAAUAAUAAAAUAUAAAACCCAAUAUAAAAGUACAUAAGCCAUUCCUUACAGGAAUUAUGGGAGACUAUCAGUAAUAAUAAUAUAAGAAAUGAACGGCCAUAUUAUUAGUGCAUGUGCAUGUGUAAUGUUAUAUGACAACAGAAUGAGGCUGUGUUUUGGUGUAAGGGUGGAUAACUCACACUUUUAGUGGUCGGUCUACAAUGGGUUUGAUUUUUUGCAUUGUAGUUACUAAGGGACUGUACCUUAUAGAGAUAGAAGUUACGUGGUUCUCUCGAUAUUGUAGUAUUUUUCACAGAAUUUAUUCGGACAUAGAAAAUUAAUUUUAAAUCAUUUAAAAAAUGGUACAACAAUGAAUUGUUUCAAACGAAACUAACGAGCGAACUAACGAACGAAUAUAUAUAUAUAUAUAAAUUGAAAAGUUAAUGAAAGUAUAAUCAGAAAGGGAACUGGUUUAGGAAGGAUAACUGUCUAAACAGUUUAAUAAUUCCCAAAAUAACACAUUUAUUUAUAUCGUUACCAAAUCAAAGUGAAAUACUGCUAAAAUAUUUAUAUAAUUAUUUAUGUAAGAAAUUAUAUACAAGCGCUAAAUUGGAUGGAUUUCACGAAUGUUUAUACAUAUGCCAAUGUGGAUUAAUCUGUUAAAAAUCUACCUGGCUUAUAUUUUCUCUGUUUUAUUUCCAGCUUCACUGGUAAUCCCAUAGAUAUUUUAUGUAUCCAUGUUCAUUAUUACUAUAACAUACAAUAUGUAUCCAUAUUAUAUACAUAUCGCAUCAGAAGCGGGGGGGGGGGGGGGGGGGGGAUAUGGGACGUUGUAACAUGAAUGUAAGGUAGUGGUUUCAGGACCAUAACCCUGACAUUAUCAUAUUUGUUUCUGGGGUCAAUCACUUUAUUUUUUUAUAAACAACGUGUAUUGUAAUUGUUUCAUUCCAUUAAAACAACUGCGACCAAAUAAAAAGUCCUGCACAGUUGACGUCAUCAGCUCUCACAAUACAAGACCUGACUGUAUAAUGCAUAGAUUGGUGGUAAUGAAACAUCAAGAAUUAUUUUUAAAACCAAGCUGCAUAUUUGUACAUGUACACGUAUUACAUGAAGGCUGUACAUAGUAUCAUUACCCCAGCGGGCAGUCAUAACCGGAGAAAUAAAAAUCAUAAUUUCUCACACAUGUCUAACGGGUCAUUUAAUUAGGUAGUUCAGUUCAGUGUAACCAAUGAACGGGCACGUACUAAAUCAGAUGUAACAUGCAAUUAACCUUGACCAAGCUGUAGAAGUAGUCGUAAUUUCUGGAAACUGCCAGAUGUCUUAUCAAUAUAAACGAAAUCUCGAUUAACGAAGGACGAUGAUAGAUGGGUUUAUCAGCACCUUUUCAUUUCAAUUAAAUAAUUUAGUUGGAGAAAAUUAUUUUACACACUGAACACGGAUGAAAGAAAACUGUAUAUAUUCACACGGUUUUGGUUUUGUUAUAGUCUGUAAAUGAUCGGCACAGAACAGUUAAUGUCGACUGAAUAAAAGUAUCCAGGCUGGAGGUACUACACUGAAUAUCAAAUUUAUUACUAUGUAUUAUCAAGCUUAAGUCCCUCGUGAAAUAACUUUCGUUUAUCACUCGCUAUCUUUUUAAAACCAAGCUGCGUCUUUGUACGUGUAUUACAUGAUGGCUUACAUGUCCUAUGUCAAAGCUGAAACUACAAUAUUUCGUUAUUUUUACAUUUAUUUGUAAUAAAUCAUUAUAAAUUAAUUACGCAUAAUCUUUCCAUAAUUAACUUUAGAAUAAUAAUUUUAAAAGUCUUGCACUGGACGACGAGGGGUUUCCCGAAUAAUUUGUGGCUAAAUAUAGCAUGGUCACCAUCUUUGUUUCUUUUGUCAGUUGACUGCAAAGAAUUCUAGGUAAACUGUGUGUGUUGAAUGUGUACGCAUAAAACAGUGGCGUCACUAGUUAAUGCGUGUGACACACUCGAGACCCCCCUCCCCCCAAAAAAAAAGAAAAAAAAAAGAAGAAGAAAAAAAAAAAAGGUUU